AUGUCUAAUAGAGCUCUCCAGUCCGUGUUCACCAGAGCCCUCCACUUCAAGCACCUGGCUAAGAACUACCCCAAGCUCAACGUCAACGACGUUGAACUUGAGAAGCCCAGAUACGGCUUCAGAAAGGACCGUGAACCGCUUCUUUCGCAACAAGUGAAAAACACCUUGUUCCCUUCCACAGAAAUCAAGCAGAAGUACAUCGCCAAUAACAAGCCGGUGCCUAUCAAGUACAGAUCGAAUUCCGACCAGAUUGCCCGUAGAAACUUCGAAAAGUUCCAGGAUGAAGUAGCCCUCGGUCAAGCUCAUUUCCGCAUAGGCGAAAACCAGAUCUACUUUCCACAAGGUAGAAUCUGCUUGUUGAGACCCAAUGCUAAACAUUCACCCUACCAGGCUAAAUUCUUGGUUCCUAAGAGCAUGAACAAAAUGGAUUUGAGAGACUACUUGUGGCACGUGUAUGGCUUGAGAGCGUUGAACGUGACUGUCCAGUUGCUCCAUGCCAAAUUCGUCAGAGGUCCAUACGACUAUGCUCGUUACAGAGGUCCUCAGUACAAGAAGAUGACGAUCGAUAUGGCCGAACCCUUUGUGUGGCCCGAAGUAGAUGCUGAAUUGGUCGAAUUGGCCGAAUACCAACGUGAAGAAGAAUCCGAAACCAUGAUCCAGAAAAACCGUGCUGGUUCCGACCAAUUGAAACCUAUCGAUACCUUUGGAGGAAUUUACAAGACUGAACCUUUGCCUAACGUAUUUGUCAGUGAUAAAGUAAAGAAGCAGGGUGAGUCUCUCGUUAAGAAUCACACUGAGAGAGUGGAGUCUCAGGCUGAUAGAGAGUUGGUAUCCAAGUUCUUGAACUUGUAA